AUGACGGCAGAUGCACCUCCAGGACCGGCUGCAGGAGCAGCAUCCACGCGUCCGCGCUCCCCGCCACCACCGAAGAAGGACAAGGUCGUCCCACCCCCCCCACCUCUGAUCAUCCGCGACAAGGCAAAGGGCGUGUCGUAUACCCGCGCGGGGUUUCUUGGAGAAGGAGGGUUUGCGCGCGUGUACGAGGUGUUUGAUGACUCUGGCCUGCGGCGUGCUGUCAAGGUCGUCAACAAGGCCAGCAUCCGGACCAAGAAGAACAAGACCAAGCUGUGGGCCGAAAUCAAGCUCCACCAGAUGCUCAACCACCCGGACAUUGUGCGCUUUGACGACUGCUUCGAGGACGACGAAAACGUCUACAUGAUCCUCGAGCUGUGCGAGAACGGUUCCCUCAUGGACCUCUUGCGCCGCCGGAAACGCUACUCGGAGCCCGAGGCGCGAUAUUUCCUCGUCCAGCUCAUCGCCGCGUGCCAGUACAUGCACGACAACAAUGUCAUCCACCGCGACCUCAAGCUGGGCAACCUGUUCUUGGACGGCAACAUGAACGUCAAGGUCGGCGACUUUGGGCUGGCAGCGUUGAUCGAGAACGAGGGAGAGCGCAAGAAGACAAUUUGCGGUACUCCCAACUACAUUGCACCCGAGGUGCUGUUUGACACGGCCAAUGGACAUUCGUUCGAGGUGGACAUUUGGUCCGUCGGCGUCAUCCUGUACACCCUCCUCAUCGGCAAGCCGCCUUUCCAGACCAAGGAUGUCAAGGCCAUCUACCGCCGCAUCCGCGAAAACCGCUACGACUUCCCCGCAGACAAGGAGAUUUCGGCCUCUGCACGGGAGCUCAUUGUCUCGAUCCUCAACUCUGACCCCGUGAAGCGGCCCACUCUGCAAUCCAUCCUCGACCACCCGUGGUUUAUGGAGGGCCAGUUUCCUUCGUACAUUCCCAACUCGGCCAACGAUAUUGCUCCCGACUACUCGCACCUUACUCUGGCGCACAGCAGGCGCAACUUUGAGGCCGUCAAGCGUCGCGCGACCGGCGAGCAGCAGGCCACCACCCCUCCCACCAGCACCCAGCGCAGCGGCCUUGCCCAGUCCAUUGUCAACCAGGAGCGCGACUUUAAGAACGCCGUCCAGCCCGACUCGCCAAUCUCGGCUCUGCUCACAUCCGCCCGCCAGCCCCUUGUCCAGGCUCCCGCAGCCAUCAAGGAGCCUUCCCUCCUCCGCAAGCUCACCGCCGUUGGUGCGCAGAGCACCCUCAGCCCCGUCCGCCGCGGCACGAUGCGCGCGCCGCCCACGGCUGUUACCGGUCCUGGCCCAUCGAGCAAGGCGCCCGAGAUGGACGAGGUGAUCGAGGAGGAAGACGAGGAGGAGCCAGAGUCAGAGCCCAGGCGCGGCUACAACGUCGGCGUGCGCGACCGCGAGCUCGCCGCUCAAAAGGCCCGUAUUGUCAGCCAAAUGGCCGGUAUGCGUCUCUCGGACGACCCAGACAAGGAGCCGCCGAAGGCGACACCAGCUGCGUCUAUCACGCCGCCUCGCAAGGCACCUCUCGGCGAGGCUUUGGUACCCCAGCGCCAGGCGACGGCCGCCACCGCCCCCGCGCCGAGGAGCAGCGGGCGGAGGAUAAACUACGACGCAUUUGAGCAUAACCUCGACUCGGGCCUCAAGUCGGGAGCAACGGGCGCGUUCCGGUCAGGACUCGAGGAUGAGCCUCCCGCACCCAAGGUGUUUGUCGUCUCGUGGCUCGACUACUGUGCCAAGUAUGGCAUGGGCUUUGCCAUGUCUGAUGGCACUGUGAGCGUGCAUUUCAACGACUCUUCAUCGCUCGUCCUUGCUCCAGCCAAGAUGUACUUUGACCACAUCACACCCGACGGCGACAAGGUCCACGAGCACCGUCGCUCCUAUGCUGCCGACACGUACCCUUCAGACCUCAAGACGAAAGUCUACCUCUUGCACCAGUUUGAAAACUACAUGCUCAGCCGGCUCGUGGGCAACUACGACUACACCUAUGUCGACAGGGACAAGACGCGCGGCAUGGUGUACAUUGAAAAGUACCUCCGCAUGAAGCAUGUCAUCCUCUUCCGACUCUCCAACGGUAUCCUCCAGUUCAACUUUUACGACCACACAAAGCUCAUUCUCUCCGACGACGGCCUCGUCGUGUCCGUCAUUGACAAGCACUAUUCGCUGCGCACUUGGAGCCUCGACGCACUGUGUCGUCCCGUCCCCGAGUCCGAGAGCAGCAAGGAGAAGCGCACGAUCGAGCGUGUGGUGACCAAGCUCCAGUAUGCGAGGGAUAUUCUCGCCAAGAUCCGUGCACACGGCGGCAUGGGCAUGGCCGGUCGCGCUGCCCGCGAGCGUGAUGCCAAGGACGCAAAGGACAAGGAGCGCGAUGCUGCCGUGGCAGACAAGCUCCCCGAGUCUCGCUCGGCCACAUCACACCGCGAGACCAGGGACAGGGACGUGCUCGACCGCGACACACGCGAAAACCGUGAGCGCGAGCGCGACUAUCGCGAUCACGAUAGGGUGGAGCGCGUCGACCGCGACCGUCCCCGGCCGAUCCGCUAG